ACGUAAUUCAAAUAGCUUGUAUCCUGUUGGGCAAUUUCAAACCUCACAUUCCGGUCAAUUGACGUAUGAUUAGAGGUGUACUCCACAACUCGGUAGUGGUAGCCGGUUACCAUUCGGGUACCUAAUUCCUUGAGAGGCGGGGUUAGCUUAGAGCGAACAAUUCGAACUCCUCGAGGCCAUCCUCACUCCGAUGGGUCAGGGUAUAAUUCAAUAAAAUGUCACGACUGCUCAUGCGUCGUAUCUGCCAAACGCGGCCACUAGCUACUAGCUUACCAGUUGACAGGGUCGCACCGAGAAUACGCCCGUCAGGGUUCAAUGGCCGCUAUGGCUUCUCAACCACCCCUCAUCGUAAUCUCAUGGAAACAACAGGUUUCACUGAGAACCAAUUGAUGGUUAGGGAAGCAAUCAAUGCGGUAUGCGCCCGGUUUCCGAACACAUAUUGGCAAGAACAUGAUCAGAAGGAAGAGGAUCCCCGAGAAUUCCAUGCAGCCAUCGCGAAAGGAGGAUGGCUUGGCGUUGCGUUGCCAGAAGAGCUAGGCGGAUCCGGUCUUGGCAUAUCCGAAGCGGUGAUGAUGAUGCAAACAAUCACGGAGUCAGGAGCUGGCAUGGCAGGCGCCCAGGCAAUUCAUGCCAAUGUGUAUGCGACGCAACCACUAGCCAAGUUUGGUACCAAGGAGCAGUUAGAGGGUACGAUACCAAAUAUUAUCUCCGGACAAUGGCGAACGUGUUUCGGUGUCACAGAACCAAAUACAGGGCUUGAUACUCUGCGACUUCGAACUAUAGCGAAGAAACAGGAUGACGGGUCGUACAGUGUUACAGGACAGAAAAUCUGGAUUACCUGUGCGCAAGUCGCCAGAAAGAUGAUCCUCUUGGCGCGCACGACGCCACUGGAAGAAGUAAAGAAACCUAGCGAAGGGCUGUCGCUGUUCUGUAUCAAUUUGGAUAAAAACGCCGCUGGGCUAGAUAUGCGAAAGAUCAAGAAAAUGGGCGGGCGCGCAGUUGAUGCUAAUGAGGUAUUCUUCGAUAAUUACCAGAUCCCAGCGGACACCCUAAUAGGAACCGAAAACCAAGGCUUUAAGAUCAUCUUACAUGGAAUGAAUGCUGAGCGCUGUCUCCUAGCAGGGGAGGCGCUCGGACUGGGGUACGCCGCUUUAAAGAAAGCAGCUGAAUAUGCGCGUGAACGUGUUGUUUUCCAGCGAUCCAUCGGAACGAACCAGGGGAUCGCCCAUCCGCUAGCCGAUGCAUACAUGCACCUCGAAUCUGCGAAAUUAGCUACCUAUCACGCUGCACGGCUCUACGAUGCGAGCAAAACAGACGAAUCGAUUAAGCAAGACGCGAUAGGUGUUGCUGCCAAUACGGCCAAGUAUCUAGCAGCUGAAGCCGCAUUUGCUGCCUGCGAAAGAGCAGUCUUAACGCAUGGUGGUAUGGGAUAUGCGAUGGAAUACGACGUCGAAAGAUGGCUCAGAGAAUGCCUUGUGCCUCGCAUUGCUCCUGUGAGUCGGGAAAUGAUCAUGAAUUAUAUCAGCGAGAAGGUCUUGCAGCUACCCAGGAGUUACUAGGGGAAACCCACGCACUACUAUAUAUGCACCUAUGUCUCGAAAGUGACCAGUCGCAUUCAGGGGCGCCAUAGGUGAUGAAUCUGGAUCAAUAUCACGUGUCUUUCUAUAUCGGAAAAGGAUCGUGUAGAUCAGCGCAAAUGUAACAUAUUGCACAGCAUAAAACAAAUAUGAU